AUGAGUGAAACUGAUAGUAAAUUAGAUUUAAGUAGCCUUGUAGCAGAAUUAAAUUCAAUUUUAGAACCAAAUAGUAAUAAAGAUAACGAAAUGGCUCAAACAAACUACCAAUUGUUAAAACUAUACUUAGACUCUAUCCCAGCAUAUGAUGGUAAUCCACAUACUUUAACCAUAUUUAUUGAAAAUUGUGAAAAUUUAAUAACUAAUUUUGCUAGCCAAACAGAUGGCACUUUGAAUACAUUUUUACUUCGAGCUAUAUUAGGUAAAUUAAAUGGAAGAGCUCAAAUGUUAAUAGGCUCUAGGACAGAAUUAAAUACAUGGCAACUUGUAAAGGAUGCCCUUAAUCUUAGUUUUGGAGAUCAGAGAGAUCUCGAUUGCCUUAUCCAAGACCUGAUAACGUUGAGGCCUUUCAAAAAUGAAACCCCUUAUACUUUCGGCAUGCGAUGCCAAGAAACACGUAGUUUAGUAGCACAAAAAUUAAAUACCCUUAAUAUUAAAGCACCAGAAAAAUUAAUUAGAAUACAGAGUUACGAUGACUUAUGUUUAAAAACUUACAUUAGAGGCUUACCCUUAUCGUUACAAACAAAUAUUAGAUUGAGAAACCCAGACAGUUUAGAGAAAGCUAUGUGCUUCGUUAUCGAAGAAGAGAAUUUUCUAUAUUCGUUACAACGCGGAAAUAAUUUAAACUCACAAAAUUCUUUUAGACCCUCAUCGAGACAUACUCCUACGAGAAACAAUAAUUCUAAUCAAACUUUUAUUCCUAGAAAUAAUUUUCAACAAAAUCGCCCUAAUAUGAGAUUUCCACCUUACCAAUAUCAAAAUAUCAGACCGCAAUACCAAAAUAAUAAUUUUAAUCCUAACAAUACUUUUCAACCACACCAAAAUCAUUUCCGAAAUUUCAAUAAUUAUAAUUCUAACUUCAAUCCAAGAAAUUUCGAUAAUAAUAAUUCUAAUUUUCGACCAAGAUAUUUCCAUAAUAAUAAUUCUAAUUAUCAACAAAGAAAUGUUAAUAAUCAACCCCAAAAUCAAAAUCAAUACCAGCCAGAACCGAUGGAUACAAAUUCACGAAAUACUUCUUUAAGAUCUAGACCACAUUUUACCUCCACGCAAUUAUUUAAUCAACAAAUUAAUAACGAUAAAAUACAAUUCGAAAAUCCCUUUGAAAAUAAUAAUAUUCCCAUUGAUUACGAACACCCGACUCAAAGUUCAUUACCCUAUUCAUUACCGCUUUACGAGAACAAUUAUGAAACUCAAUCCAGUCCUUAUCAAACUCAAGACAACACAAAUGAAAGAUCAUAUCACAAUCCAACUCAAAAUGUUGAAAACGUAAAUUUUUGCAUGAUCCAAGAAAAUUACAAUCCGACAUAA